CUGCAGGAUACCAGUUAAUCAGCUAUGGUAGAUGUAUGAGAUGUUGACAUGUCAUGUCGGCAUGGAGACGGCCUUUCCAUGGUAACUGGAGCUGUGAAAGAACUCAGUUCUGAUUUGACUAGCUUACUUUUCUGUUGUGGUGAAACAAUGUCAGUAUGAAAGGGAGGACGGCCUAUGCAUUGUAACUGGAGCUGCUGAAGAACUGUCUGCUUGAUGUACUUAGUUUUCUGUUGUGGUGAAUCAAUGGCAGUAUGAAAGGGAGGAAUGCCCCACAUAAUCAAAUUAUAGACCUGAGAAAUGUUGCAGAGCAUGUGAUUUCAGCAGACGUGUUACAUGAUUGGCAGGUACUGGUUUGAACAGUGCUAGGAUAAGAAGUGCCAUGGAAACAUUUUGCACUGACACUCAGUGCAUGACCACAGAUACGUAGCGUGCAGAUAAUGUGGUGCAACUUCAAGAGAUUCAGUACUGAGACAAUAUGCACGUUGUACAGAUGUAUGAAGUUCUGUACUAAGGUCGUAGGUGUGUACAGACCCGGCUGGGUGUUCAUUGUGUGCUAUAUAUGCGCAUUUGACCAAUUUCAGCCUCAUAAUUUGUAGCAAACAAUCGCUUUUCCAGCUUCUUCACUUUGGUUAGAACUAAUAACUAGCUAGAUCUUUGUCAGAAAAAGGUUUUCGCAAGAAAUGCCUUCAGGGCCCAUUUCUUAGUGGAAAUAGCAGUAAACACAAUAGGGUCCUGCACAUUCAACACUCAACCGGGUCUACAGGAUUCUACGAGAUCCUACGGGAUUUCGUGCAUCUGUACAACGUGCAUAAGGCUCAUACCAUCAUCCUCUUCUAAGGUUUCAUUUGCUUAAAUUCACAGCAGUCAGUUACAUUCCAAUGAAAUUCUUGUGCUCAAAUGGUCCUGCUAAACUGUUCUUGUUGAAAUUCUGGUGCUGAAAUAGGAUUAUUCUGGGUGUUGUAGAGUAGCUAAACCCAAUUCAUCUUGAACAUCCUUCCCAUUUUCUUCAAUAAAUUCUUCCUCAUAUCUAUGUUGUCUGAGCCCCCGCGACCAGUCAGACAGAGCAACGAAUUGUUCGGGUUGAUACGGUUUACUUGGCCUCAAACGACGAAUAAAGGGGACAAAGGAAAGGAGCAGGGCUCAGGAGGACAACGGAAACGAUAAGAGUAACAAAAGGGCAGAAAACCACGAGAGAGAGAAUAAAACGGACCCAACAUGAGGAGCUGCGACGACUACAAACGGAAGACCAGGAAAACGGCGCAGGGCCACAAGUUAUAACCCAAACGGAUCCAGGCACGAACCCAGGCACAGAGCCAGGCACGUACCCAGGCACGGACACGUAAUCUUAGCAGUAACCAGGCAAAAAGCGUGCAGACAGCAUGCAAUCAGCGUGUGAACAGCGUGCAGCUAAACUACGUACAACAUCUACAUCACGUGUAUUGUGCUUUGUUCUGGUGUAUGUGUAUUGUGCAGCUGAUAAUGGCCAGUACGCAGCAGCACUAAGUGAGCUGAUCAAGGAAGGUGUCCAGCUGAUACCGUACGGGCGCCUGAUAAUGUGCGGGCCGGGCCGCACAGGCAAGACCAGCUUCCUGCGAUCCCUCCUGCGUCAAGCAUUCAUGUCAAAGGUCGAUAGUACCAUCGGUGUGGAGCUGGAGAAGGUGAUAUGCACGAUCGAGAAGCAAGGGUUAAAGUAUGUCUGGAAGCAAGCUGAAGAUUCUUACCAGCAGCAGUUGGCCCUGACGCACAGAGCUGUUGGACAAGAACACAGGAAGAAAGAGAUAGUAGCAGCACUGAGACAACAAGGUGUGGAGAUCCCAAAGAACACCAGGUCCACAUCCUCCAUGCCAUCAACACCCGUGACAUCACCAUCCGCUGUGAUUGAGACUGAGCAAGCAGAUACAGCCAGUGUGUGUGAAUCUGCUGUCAGCCAACGUGAUGAAGCCACCCACACCGGGUACUCUGGUCAAUCAGCUACCAGUUCAUCUGAAACCAUGGACUCUCAGAAUGUGUCCACUGCAUCCAAGCCGGAGGAGGUCUCAACCAUGAGUGUAGAACAGGUAGCAACAGCAGAGCAAGAUGUGCAGCAGCUACAGACGGAGAUCAACUCAGCAACGCAGAAGUUUGAAGGCUUCAUUGAAGAUCUGAAGAAGGGCAAAAGUGAAGUUUUCACUGCAGAGCAUCUGAAAAACUUGACAUUUAUGGACGUCUGGGACUUUGCGGGUCAGAAGCUGUUUGCCGCGAUCCAACACAUGGUCCUGGCUUGUGACCGAUGUGCGUAUGCUGUUGUGUUCGAUGCGUCAAAGAAGCUCCAGGACAGAGCAAAGCCGACGUUUGGUGUGGACGGUGAGGAACGGCCGCUUUCCAACAACCUGGAGCAGACCAACUUUGAUGUGAUGGAGACGUGGUUCAACGCUAUCCACGAGGUUAUUGGAGACAGCGACAACGUACCGGUGUUUGCCAUUGGCACACAUGUGGACAACUUACCAAAGAAGCCAGAAGCAAGGAUGAAGGCAACUGAAGAGAUAAAGAAGUACAUCUUGGCCAAUUCAGAGGGUAAGGCCUAUGCCAACAACAUCGACAAGGUGGUAUUUGUGGACAACACACGAGCUGGCAAGGAUCCGGAAGACCCAGCAGUUGUUCAGCUACGGCAAGACAUCGUCCAGCAGCUGCAGCAUCAGUUUAGCGCUCCCAUUCCACUUCGUUGGCUUCCUGUAACAAUCUCCAUUGGGCACAUUGCAAAAUCAUUUGAACGACCAUGGUUAUCUGUUGACGAGCUACGUCGCUUGGCCAUUGCUGUUGGUAGCAUCUCCAGUGAGGAUUCGGAGUCCGAUUUCCAGGAGAUGGUGAAGUUCCACCAUGGUCUUGGUCAUUUGCUUCGUUUUGUUCACAAUGCCCGUCUUCGUGAUCGUGUGAUCAUUGACAUCCACUGGGUUCUGAAGACCAUGUCACUGCUCUUUUGUCCUGAGCCAAAGGAUAUGCAGAGCAAGCGUCUACGUCCACAAUACGACUUGCUGACUCAGGAUGGCAUCCUCCUGGAAAGUCUUGCCAUGCACCGCUGGUCACAGCACAAUCGUAUGACAUCGCGCUACACGGCCACAGAAGAACAGCGCAAUUUCCUGUUUGAGAUGGGUGAGCACUUUGCCCUAUUCUACAACACCAAGACAUCUGUGAGCGUGCCUGGUCAGAGAAAGGAGGUGGUGACAACUCGCAAGUUCUUUGUACCAGCACUAGUGGAGCGAGUUGCACGUCUUCAAGAUGAAUUGAGCAAAGGCAAGCCAAGUUCAGCUAUGUACCUUUACAGUGGUGCAGAUCGUUACUUUCCACAAACCCUGUUCUGGUGUGCUGUUGUGAGGUGUAUGCAACGCUACAGUCCAAAGGUGGAUCCCAUCCUCUAUCACACAUCGGCACGUAUUCUGGUGAAGGAUCGCUUCUGGCUUGUCAUGCAGUAUUUCCAGCAUGGCAUUCGCCUGUCACUGGAGAUUCCCGUCGCGGCUGGCACAACGAAGUCUUCUUCUACCGAUGCUGUUACUCGCGUGGCAAAUUCAGUUGGCUCUCCUGGCGUUGGUACUGCAGCAAGCGAGGAUGAUUCCGCUGCAGUCAAGCUUUGUCAUGAGCUUCUACCAUACCUGGAGUCGGAGCUUGACAAUCUGAAGGCAUUCUCGCUGACUCAUGUGAAGUUUAGCAGAGCUGUUCGCUGUCCAUGCUCGUUCAGUCGAGAUGCGUGUCGCAAGCACAAGAAGAAGGGUUGUGCAGAGAUUGGCUGUCAGCACUUUGCUCCACUGGUGGAGGGAUUGCGUCCACGUUGUACCAUCGGAGGACGCCCAGAAGUGGAUAUCAGUGAUGUACGGCAAUACUGGCCAUGCUUUGCCAAAGAUACACAGGCCGCAGAGCUUGCUGAUCCUGAGAAGCCAAUGCCGGCAAUGCCAAUGACAGUUGUGGAGCCCGCAGUCAAGGACAGUGAAGUUGCAGCAACUGCCCAGAAGCCCGCGGCUGUGCCAAAGAGAGCUACAGCCUACCAGCAAGUGCUGUGCAAGCAUUAUGCUGCAAUACAGAGUAGCUUAGCUAUCAAUGUGAUGGACUGUGUCAAGAGCUUGCGUGCAGAAGGUCACCUCAGUACCGAAGUCGUAAUGGAAACCAGAUCCCUGCAGAAAUCAGCAGGGCAAGAUGAGACUCUAGAUCACAUGUGUGCUCUUCUGGAGAAGCUCCCCGAUGACGGAAUGUGCUUCUUUGUUGAAGAUAUCCUUCCGUCGCAAGGUCUGUCACAGCUCGUGGAGACAUUCCGUGUGUGUCCUGGUCCUGGAAAGUGUUCACUGCAUCGCAAUGACCUGCAUCCUGUAUCAGUGUGUUCCAGUGACAAGACACUGUCCAUGCAGACUAGUGUUGAUGCCUCCCAGACUGGUAAUGCCAAGAGUAGUCAACUUGAGACUGGGAUGUCUGCUCUUCACCAGGAGGUACUGCGCUCGAGCUUUGUGGAAAUGAAGCGUAGUUUGGAUGUAGAAGAGGGUAUUCUAGACCAUCUCUAUGCUGAAAGCAUCAUCCCCAAGCACAUCUGGAAGAAACUCCAUGCUAUGAAGGAUCGUGAAGACAAGGCAUCAGACUUCCUUCAUGCUCUGCCUGGCUGGGGCUCUACAGCAUUCCGUCACUUUGUCACUGCACUGGACAAGAGUGAGACCCUUGUUCACCACGAGCUUGCGGAGAUGUUGAAGAACAAGCUACUGGAAUAGAUAACAGUGGUUAUCCAAUGCUAACGGCUGCUUGAGCAUCCACGUACUCUUCUUCUGCGCUGCUCAGUUCUGUGUUGACACGGAGGUUGUGCAGAUCAUCGAGCCGGAUGGUGAAUGCCGAAGACAGUUUCCAAUGCAGGAUCUGUUCUGAGUUGCGUCUUUCUUGCGUGUGUGAACUGUGCUGGGUAGGUGAUAUUACCAGCAUUGCUCACUCUACCAGGUAUCAUGCCUUUUGCAAUUAGAUUUGUGAAAUUUGUAAAAAAAUAUGCUAGACAUAGUUUUCUAUUCCCUUCUAACACUCUAUUGCUGCUUUCACUAAAAUAUCACUGGGUAUGCACUUUGCCACUUUAUUGUUGAUAUCCUCUACUGAUAUUCAAAUGAGAAUUAGAUGUCCUCUUCUUCAACUCUGUAAAAUUGAUAUACUAUUAUUGCACACUGCAUUGUGUAUGCACAUCAGCCGGGGAGUCGUGCCCAAACCACUCCCUGAUGCGUAUCGUAUAUGCAUGGUGACCUCAGCCCACAUUUGAUACAGAUAUUGAUAUUUUGAUUUCCGAUUAUGAGUCCUGCCACCGUUUAGUUAUUUUCUUGAGCAGCACAGAGAGCUGCUAGAACGCUG